CAGAGCACAUGGUAGUCGUGGGAGAUACAUACGUUGUACUUUGGUCGUUUAACUUAUGUUAUUGUGUCAUUGGUAAUAUCGAUAAUAUUUUCUGAUUUGUGAUUUUCUUGCUGGUAAUUUUAAAAGAUGCCAAGGAGCAAUAAAAGGUUUAAAGCAACUGUAGCUGUCACAUAUCAUGAUGUGGAUGGCCAUGUUGAGAGAGAGGAGGUGGAUUUGUCAGAAUUUGCAGCGAUUGUGGUCCAAUGGCAAAGUAUUGUGAGAACUGUAUGUUAAAGAUGCACACAACCGUAAAUAUUUGUCAUCAUGUUGAAAUAUUUAAGGAUGGCAUGUUUUGGCAAUAUAAACUCAUGAAAAUGCUGGUGUAUGAUUGUUCAUGCCAAACAGCUCGUCACAAAAGAAGUGUUUCUGUUGUUGAUGUUAAAGGCACCUUUUCUACUGUUGAGGUACAGUUUUGCUCAUGCUCUCUAGAGUUUGUUCAACUUCUGCAAUUUGGCCUUUGGGGUGGAACACCUACAAAAAACCAAGAAUUGCAUUUGCAAUUGAGUUUUUUUGAAUUGAUUCAUUCUGUGCAUAUGGAAUGCCAGGAAUCAAUAAAAAGCAUUUGUCAGUCAUUUGAAGAGUUUAAUCAUAACCACAUAUUCUCUUCUUAUGCAACACCAAAAAUGUAUCCUGUCAUUAUAGAUGCUUUUGAAGAAUAUAGAAUUUACAGACAUAAACUAAACAUGUUGAGCUGUGUUAUUCCUGAGCUUGAUGAAGGAAAUAUCUGUCCUGCUUGUCCCAAAGUUUGUUGUCAACCAGCAUAUAUGGUCACUUGACACCCAUCUGUCAACACAUAACCUGGACAUCUCAUUGGAUGACAAUCCUCGUUCUUUCAUAAUCUCACUGUAUGGGGUUCUGUACAAAAGCUUCUGAAAGGCUGUAAUUGAAGCAGCUGAUGGAUGUUCCACCACCGUGUCUGGUUUGUUCAAUGGUCGUGAAAACCAGGCAAUUUCCUCUUCGACUUCUACUUGUA